AUGAGGAAGUGGUAUUUAAGCUGCGACUUGAAGGCUGAGUGGGAGGAAGCCAGGCGAGCGCAGCCGGGAUCCUUCUGUUCAGAGCUGUCCCUCCUUGUUACUGCUCUCCACCUUGCUCCCAGCAGCCCCCGCCAGCACACCCGACCUACAGGAAAGUUGCUCCGGAGCUGUGGAGGGGCGUCAUCGCCUCCUAGCAACGCUCCUAGCAACCGGAUAACAUCUGCUCCCUCUGAGGCGCUUCACAGACUGGAGGGACCGACCUGCAGGAGCCAGGGUUGCCCGCCGAGCUGCAGUUGCCGCUGCUGCCGCUGUCGCGCCGCCGCCACUGCUGUCGCUGUUGCUGUCAGUGCCGGUCUGAAGCGUGCCAGCGCCUCAAAAGCACCAGUGAGCUCCGAACUCCGCGCCUUUACGAAACAGGUGCAUGCGCGAUCUCCUGCUUAUCCAACAAAAGUAUUAACAUAUUCAUUAACAACGUCGAAAGUAGCCUACUUUAAGAGAAAAUAUGCAGAAGAAGAAGAUUUACAUCAAGAUUACCAUGGGUAUUUUCCAAAACACCUGAUAUUACCUGAGGACAGGACUUGCAUUCUCAAACUUUCUCUGGAGAAGCUCAGGUUUCUAGAAGACCCAGAAACCUACUUAAGAAGGUCUGUGUUAAUUAACAAUUUGCUGAGGAAGAUACAUCUAGAGACGGAGAAAGAGAGCUAUGAAUACUUUAAAGAAGCUCCCUGUUAUAAGACUGCAUAUUCAGAUACAAGAAAACGGCUGAAGUUUAUGGUACAGGAAUGCUGUUCUCAGUCUCUCUAUUAUGAAGAGCUGCAUUCAUAUCAUAUUGUGCCUUAUGCUUCGGAGAAUGCCAUUUAUGGAAUGGGAUACACUAGCAGCCACUUGGAGCAAAAUUCUCAGUUGCUUAUUUAUAAAAUGAAUUAAAAGUAACUGUUAAGUUCAUUGAUACUUUGUUUCUAAAUGCCUGAACUGUUUAUAGUGAAGAUGUUCAUAUAAGGCACUAAUUACCAGUGCAUUUGAUGAAAUGCAUGCUGAACUGAUUGGAGAGACCCAUGGUUAUUACUCAGCAGUCCUUAGUAUCAUCAAAUUGAAUUGAAAAUAUGUCCACUUAUAAAGCAUUGAAUUAGUGCAUUAGAAGCAAAGAUUUUUUUUUUGAACAUAUGGUGUGUAGGAAGGGAUUUAUAUCAACCUGUUAUAUAGAUUAAAACUUUUAAGCCCCCUGGUUCUAAAGUCUGCCACUCUUUAUAACAAGUAACAAAAAGUAACAGAUUACAUUGACAAUGUUAUGUCUCUGAGGAUGAGAGAAGAGAGGGCUAGUUCUUUCAAAAAUGCUUUGGCUUGCCAAGCAUGUCCCAAAUUAUAUUGUUAUUCUCUUUGUACCAUCAGUGGCGAUUCAAGUUGGGGCAAGCAUUCCCUGCCACCUAACUGCUGAAAAUAACAACUGGAUUACUCCAAACUGAUCCUUUUUAUUAUUAUUAUUAUUAUAUAAUUUUUUUGGUUUCUUGAUAGACUUUUUUCUUUAAAAGUAAAAUUUAAUAAAAAAGCAUUGCAGGUGGACUUAUCUUUAGGGGUUGGUUAAAAUUUGUGCUGGGCCUUCAAGAGUUAAAAUUUUUAUUCAUGAUGUUAUUUUCUUUUUUAUAGGCUGUGAAGCUCAGGAAAAGGGUAGGCAGGUAAAAUGUGUUUUUUCAUGGGUUGAUAUUUGCAGCAAUUGGUGAGAACAACAGAAAUUCUACAUGAUGUUAUUUCUUCAUCGAGCUAAGAGUGCAUUUAAGGCUGCCAGGAUCAAAUUUUGCACUGCUUUUUGUAUAAUAGUCGAUCAUUCACUAUUUGACAAAAUGUUUCAGAAUGCCUUUGGUGGUGAAGUUUAGAUAUUUUACAAUUUGAAAAAUCAUUAUUUAACAAGUUGGAUAGAGUCAUGAAAUUGUUUGAAUUGAUUCAUACUAUUCUGUGAGGUUUGGGUGAGAUGUCUGAUUUCCGUGUCUGGGGUUUUUGUCCUACAGAGCAUAUUGUUUCAAGAAUUGUCAUUAAGUGAUUAAGCAGAUUGGAAAAACUAGGUGCCAAAGGUGUAUUUAAGAAAAUACCAAAGACUCAAAGAUGAGUGUCAGGAAGACUAUGAUAACCAAGAUAAGAAUCUAAGGAUUGUGCAGGAGGUAGAGGGACACUGUGAAAGUGUUUCAGGAUGAUUUGCUCACUAAUGUGCUCUCAGAGCACCUUUUACAUAAUAAUGAUAAUCAAGGACAUUGCUUUAAGUGAAGGGAUUACAAGCUUUUGGUAAUCAUAUGCCUUUGCAAUUUAAAUAUGGUGUCUUGUCAACAUAGAAUCUUCCUUAGCUGAAGAUCAACUAGUAACCCAGACAGGCUUUUUCUAUUCAAGACAAUUUUGUUUUUAGUUUUGAUUCAAUAUUUGUUUUCUCUAGUGAAUCACCAAGAUGAUUAACGUGGAUGCUUCUGGUAUAUAGAAUAUGGGUGCCCUUAAUUAGCCUGCAUUGUUGAAGACCACAUAGUCAUAACACUGAUACAAGUGUCAGCCUUACAUUUAGUUGCUCAAUCAAAUUAGGAAAAAUGCUUUAGAAGAAAGUAGAAAAUUAUAACCGUGGUCAGUUUUAAAAUCAAUUUAGUAUGAUGAUGAGAUACCUUUGAAAUACACAAAUAAAUACUUAAAAGUUAAGGACAAAAUUUGGCACCAAAGUUUAAAUUUUUUAUUUUAUUCCUUAUAAAAGAACUUAUUUCUCAGAUACUUCUUUUAAAAACAUAUAUAUUUUUUAAGUGGGGCCAUUCCAAGAUUCCAAAUUUGAUAAUUAUAAUAUAGUUUUUAAAAUAGAUUCACCUUUCUAAUACUUUCAAAACUUUAAACACUUGGCUUGGUUUAGGACAGUGUCUCUAAGAAAAAGACACCAAUGGUAGUAGAUGUAGUGCAUAAACAAAAGCCACAUAUUGAAAUUAGCUGAGAAUAGAAAUACACUUUAAAACAGAAACGAGGAGAGAAGAAUUAUCAGGGAAGUGUGAAAUUAUAAUAUUUGUUGUAUGCCAGAAAACUUAAACAAAGCAAGAACUCUUGGGCAAAAAACCAGUAACAGAUGUGAAAGUCUUUUUAUUGGAUGACAUCAUCAAUUGAGCUCUCUAAUCUGUAUUCCUAUGUAGAAAAGGAACUGUCUUAGAAACCAGCAGUAUUUGUGAAAAUGAUUUUUUUUAAUUGUGUUGAUUUCAAAACAGUUUAUUUAAAAAUACUUUUGGGGGCAUUUAAAUUUUUUUUCUAACAACUCAUAGAUAAGGAGUUGACUAAUUUUAUCUUGAUUUUAAAAAUAGUGAUUUAUAUUUACACUCUGUAAACUUGUCUGAGUUAACCAAUAGAUCACUGUCAUUUUACCAUGACCAUCUGAUAGGUAGGGAGACCCCUCUAUAGGUUUGCUCCAUCAAGAGAUGCACAAAGUAGGAAAUCAUUACUUUUGCUUUAAACCUGGGCAUCCUCUCUCUGAUAACAAGAAUCAGCCUUAGGCUCAGGAAGCUGAGGUGGGGAAUCUAAGUGUGGGUGCCCAAGUACCCCCAAAGACCUAGUAAGAAGAAAAUGAAAAAAGAAAAAUGGAGAGAGAGUGAGAGAGAGAGAGAAAGAGAGAGAUCAGAUUAAUAAGUGAAAGAGGAGGUUUAUUGUGUGUGUGUGUGUGUGUGUGUGUGUGUGUGUGUGUUUAUGAGGGGGGUUAUUUGCUUGCUAUAUUCAGUUUUUCUUUCCUGUGUCCACUGUAUACCCCAAACACCCGCUACCUGCAAUGCAUUGAUCCUUUCUUUCAAUUACCAAUAAUGCAGAAGCCUAGGUUCUAUUCAGCAUAGGUACAUAUGAAGUGUAGUAUUAUUGCAAAAUGCUCCUGAAAUUGCAUUGGAUGGAUAAGCAAAGGAAAGCAGAAAUAAUUAAAUCAGGAGAAAGGCUAAAUGGGGAGCCAUAUGUAAAAUGGAUAAGCUCAAAUGCACUGCCUGUUCUGAAUGUACAUCCCAAGAUUUAACAAAUUCAGUGCAAGAAGACUUGAAAAUAAAUGCAAUUUACAACCAUUUAUUGAGCAAACUAUUCUGAGCCAAGCACCAUGCCAGGGCUGGGGACCUAGAAGUGAGUGAUAUUCAGUCUCUUAGCUCAGUUCACCGAUGAGGGAAGAAUCCAGAUGAUUUGAUUUUUGCCUUAUAGGGUAAGAACUUUCUACUGGGAGCAGCACCUAAGUUUCUUUUCCAAUCUGGGAUGGGUUUCAAACAUGUAUCUCCCAAGGUGUUGGCAGAUGAAAAGAUGCACAGGAAGAAGGGAAGUUCUACUGAUCCAGAUUAAGGAGUGGAAGGAGUAUAUAGAUUUUCUUUGCAGUAUAUUUUAUACUUGGAAGCAUAAUGGGAAGCCACUCUUGCCUAGGGGGAGUAUAGCUGGCUGUAGCUCAUCCCUGGGAAUCCCUGUGAAGAUGGAAGGGAGACACAUGCAAACAUGGAACAAUUCCAUCUCCCUUCACCUCUCGAGCUGUCAUGGUCAGUGCCAAUCAGGUGGCUGUUGAUGUCAAGGAAAGCCUUAAGUGAAAAACAGAAUCAUUAAGUCAUAGCCUGAGAGUUGUGCAUGGUGUGUGUAAAGUCAGAGAGGUAGCCUUCUCUAAUGGGCCUCAUGCUGGUGAACUGCUUGAAUGAACCUCAGGAUUUCUUAACACCAGCUAGUGGAGCCAUCUCCUUUCUGUACCGCCCUAGCUUCCUCUGUGAAUUACAGCCUAAUCCCCAGUCUUUGCAGUACCCUCCUAGUGAAGGUUAAAGUUCUGUCCUUCAUCCCCUCCUGGCCCUCUAGCGAUGAUACUGAUUUGCUCAGAGAUUCUUGUAGAAAAGCAACACUUUGUGCUCCUGACUAGAUCCUUUGGGAAAGGAUUCCCAGAAUGUUUUAAACUAGAAUUAAUUACAUAAGCAUAAUUGUUAUUGGAUGGACACUUCUUUUAAAAAGGACUGUAAACUUUAAAUAAUCAUCUGCUAAGGUAAUCUUCAUAAUUCUACAAUUCAAUGUAAUUGUUGUAUGUUUUACUAAAGAAAAUAUCUUAUGUUGGAAAUAAUGAAAGAUUGUAUAUAAUCAAUUCAAGUAGUUGAGUAUUUAUGUAAUAUAUGUCAUUUAAUUUACAUGUUCUUAUUCUCAAACUUUAUCACGACACAAUAGCAACAUGACAAGUGUCAAA